UUUAACUGUAAUGGGUUACAUGAAAGAAUUCUCAUCCUUUAAAUAGUCGACAAACAGUCAGUACGAAAAACGAUUUACACAGCUGUUAGAAAUAUAAUGUUUUCUAUUAUCUUUGUAUGUUUCGUCGUUUGGAUGCUAAUCAGAGAAAAUUAGACUUUAACAUAGAAGAUUUGUAUUAAUAUAUCGUGCUCUUCAAAUAUAUACGGACAUCGCAAUUGUACAUAUAUGAGAAUAUAUGUGAAUUUAGAAAAUAAACAAUUAGAAAUACAAUAAACUUAAUACUAUCGAAAACCUGAAAAAGGAUAGAAAAAUAAACAGUGGCAAUAAAGAGAAGGAAUAUUUUUAAAGAAUGGACAAUGUAUCGACCAGUGUGAGGAAGAAGAAGAAGAGCAGAAACAAGACAAAAAUAGAAACAAAACAACUUGGUUCAAGUAUAGAACGUAAAACACCUGGAUGUAAUUGGGAGACAUACAAAAAGGCCAAGUCAGAAGAAAGCAAUGGAGAAAAAAUUGCUUCACAGAAUAGACAUCCAAAACCUAAAAAUAUACUUGCUAAUCCACUUCAAACAACUUUACCAGAGCAAAGUAAUAAGCACAUUGCUGUCAAAAAUAAAGAAAAUAAGGCUUUGAUAAAAUUGCAGACUUUACCAGAUCAAAGUAAUAAGCACAAUGCUGUCAAGAAUAAAGAAAAUAAGACUUUGACAAAAUUGCAGACUUUGCCAGAGCAAAGUAAUAACCAGAUUGCUGUCAAGAAUAAAGAAAAUAAGGCUUUGACAAAACAUAUCGCCAUGGAUUGUGAAAUGGUUGGAAUCGGCGAUGGUACAGAGAGCAUGAUAGCUCGAGUAUCAAUUGUAAAUAGACAUGGCAAUUGCAUAUAUGAUAAAUAUGUAAAACCAAGAGAAAAAGUCGUGGAUUAUAGAACAGCGGUAAGUGGCAUUCGACCUGAAGACUUGCAAGAUGGAGAAGACUUCAACAUUGUACAAAAGGAAGUGGCCGACAUCUUGAAAGGUCGAGUUCUGGUGGGUCAUGCUUUAAAGCACGACCUCAGCGUGUUAUAUUUGUCGCAUCCACGAAGACUUUGGCGCGAUACUUCGAGAUACAAACCUUUUCGACAGACAACAAAAGGGAAUACUCCUAGUCUGAAGAAACUCGCUCAUGAAUUAUUAGGUAAAGAGAUACAAGUGGGUGAACACAGUUCUGUGGAAGAUGCAAGAACAGCAAUGCAUUUGUAUAUGUUAUACAAAGGCAAAUGGGAGUCGGAGAGAAAAGGACGCUGGUUACAAAUAUGUACCAUUGUACAAUUAAUGAAAGCUUCAUCAUCAUACAUUAAAGUUAAGCUAAUCUUUAUGAAUUUUAUAUAUAAGCUUUAUAUAUAAGCUGUAAAUAUUCUAUUUAUAUAAUUGU